AUGACGGAUACUUUUUCUUCAAUCCCUAUAAUCGACUUUUCCAGACUGCAGGAUCCGUCCACUAAGGAUGAGACUCUGGAGCAACUGCGCGAUGCUAUCUUCCGGGUGGGAUUUCUCUACCUAACCAAUCAUAGUCUCGAGGAAUUGACCAAACGCGCCCAUGCUACUCUGCCGGAUCUGUUUGCCUUGUCCGAUGAGACAAAGAACAAGUGCAAUAUGAUCAAUUCUCCGUCUUUUGUGGGGUAUACCAAGCUAGGAGCCGAGACAACUGCGGCUCAGAUGGACUGGCGAGAGCAAUUCGACUUUGGAACACCGGAAAUGAAACCGUGGACCGAGCAAGAUUCAAUCUGGUAUCGACUCGAAGGGGAGAGUCAGUAUCCCGACUACCCUGGUGCCAAAGAGCUGGUGAACGAGUACAUCGCUCGGUCUGCUGCUCUGAAUAAGACCUUCCUGCGCUAUGUCUCCGAGUGUCUCUCGCUACCUCCCACGACCCUCGAGGAGUUCGAAGGUGAUAUGGACCGACUCAAGUUCAUCAAAUAUCCACAGGCACCGCACGACUCACAGGGCGUUGGGCCCCAUAAAGAUUCCGCUGGACUGUUCACGUUUCUCUCUCAGGACGACACGGGAGGUUUACAGGUGCUCAACAAGAACGGAGAGUGGAUCGAUGCACCGCCAAUCGAGGGUAGUCUCGUCGUAAAUAUCCAGCAGGGCCUCGAGGCGAUAACCGGAGGUGUUUGUGCCGCCACCACGCAUCGAGUAAAGGCCCCAACAAACAAAACAAGAUACAGCAUUCCAUUCUUUUCUGCCGUGCGCUUGGAUCUCACACUCGAAGGACUAAGAUCAUCUGCGGCGCACAUCGUCCAGAAAAUCCCGGCUUCAGAUGAUCAGAAGAAGCGGGCAGUCGAUGUGCCUAGCGAGUUUCUUUCUCCGUUGUAUCAAUGCUUUGGCGAGGCGUAUCUGAGAAAUCGUAUUUUGAGCCAUCCUGACGUCGGUCAGAAGUGGUAUCCGGACUUGUAUGAGAGGUAUUCAAGGCAAGUGUUGAAAUAAACUAUUUAGUAGGGGUGUAAAUGGAGAAAAUAUACAUAGCUCGUUGCAUGAUUCUGGUCGUACUUUCUGCAUUGACGUUCUCCGCAGCGUACCUACGGCCGCAUAUAUAUCGGAGUCAAAGCCACAAAGAACAACAAAUUUGGAACAAUGAACAUC